AUGGCAGAAAAGUUUGAAAGUCUCAUGAACAUUCAUGGUUUUGAUCUGGGCUCUCGAUAUAUGGACUUGAAACCACUGGGCUGUGGUGGAAAUGGCUUAGUUUUUUCUGCUGUCGAUAAUGACUGUGAUAAAAGAGUGGCUGUCAAGAAAAUUGUCCUCACAGAUCCUCAGAGUGUUAAACAUGCUCUACGUGAGAUUAAAAUUAUUAGAAGACUUGACCAUGAUAACAUUGUGAAAGUAUUUGAAAUUCUUGGUCCCAAUGGAAGCCAGUUAACGGAUGAUGUGGGCUCCCUUACGGAACUGAACUGUGUUUACAUUGUUCAAGAGUACAUGGAGACGGAUCUGGCUAACCUGUUAGAGCAGGGCCCUUUACUGGAAGAACAUGCCAGGCUUUUCAUGUACCAGCUGCUACGUGGGCUCAAGUAUAUUCACUCUGCAAACGUUCUGCACAGAGAUCUCAAACCAGCUAAUCUUUUCAUUAAUACUGAAGACUUGGUGCUGAAGAUUGGCGACUUUGGUCUUGCACGGAUCAUGGAUCCUCAUUAUUCCCAUAAGGGCCAUCUUUCUGAGGGAUUGGUUACUAAAUGGUACAGAUCACCCCGUCUCUUACUUUCUCCUAACAACUACACUAAAGCCAUUGACAUGUGGGCUGCAGGUUGCAUCUUUGCUGAAAUGCUGACUGGGAAAACCCUCUUUGCAGGUGCACAUGAACUUGAACAGAUGCAGCUGAUUUUAGAGUCAAUUCCUGUUGUGCAUGAGGAGGACCGUCAGGAGCUUCUCAGUGUAAUCCCAGUUUACAUUAAAAAUGAUAUGACUGAGCCGCACAAACCUUUAACACAGCUGCUUCCAGGCAUCAGUCCUGAAGCACUGGACUUCCUGGAGCAAAUUUUGACAUUUAGUCCCAUGGAUCGAUUGACAGCAGAAGAAGCUUUGUCCCAUUCUUAUAUGAGCAUUUACUCCUUUCCAACGGAUGAGCCCAUUUCAAGUCAUCCUUUUCACAUUGAAGAUGAGGUUGAUGAUAUUCUGCUCAUGGAUGAAAGUCACAGCCAUAUUUAUAAUUGGGAAAGAUACCAUGAAAGUCAGUUUUCAGAUCAUGACUGGCCUAUUCAUAAUAACUUUGAAGCUGAUGAAGUUCAGCGUGAUCCAAGGGCUCUUUCUGAUGUCACUGAUGAGGAAGAAGUGCAAGUAGAUCCUCGCAAAUAUUUGGAUGGAGAUCGUGAAAAGUAUCUGGAGGAUCCUGCUUUUGACACACACUUCUCUACUGAGCCUUGCUGGCAAUAUCCCGACCACCAUGAAAACAAGUACUGUGAUCUGGAAUGUAGCCACACUUGUAAUUACAAAAUGAGGUCAUCUUCAUACCUAGAUAACUUAGUUUGGCGAGAUAGUGAAGUUAACCAUUACUAUGAGCCCAAGCUUAUUAUAGAUCUUUCUAACUGGAAGGAGCAGAGCAAAGAAAAGUCUGAUAAGAAAGGCAAGUCAAAAUGUGAAAGGAAUGGAUUGGUGAAAGCUCAGAUAGCUCUUGAGGAAGCAUCACAGCAGCUUGUUGAAAAAGAAAGGGAGAAGAAUCAAGGGUUUGACUUUGAUUCAUUUAUAGCAGGAACCAUUCAACUUAGUUUACAACAUGAGUCUACUGAUGUUGAUAAAUUAAAUGACUUGAAUAGCUCAGUGUCCCAACUGGAAUUGAAAGCCUUAAUAUCAAAGUCAGUAAGCAGAGAGAAACAGGAAAAAGGAAUGGCCAACUUGGCACAGUUGGAAGCGCUGUACCAAACUUCUUGGGAUAGCCAGUUUGUAAGUGAUGGGGAGGAGUGCUUCCUCAUAGAUCAGUUUUGUUGUGAAGUCAGGAAAGAUGAACAAAUUGAAAAAGAAAACACUUACACCAGUUAUUUGGACAAGUUCUUUAGUAAGAAAGAAGAUACAGAAAUGCUAGAAACUGAGCCAGUAGAAGAUGGGAAGCUUGGGGAGAAGGAAAGAGAAGAGAGCUUUCUUAGUAACAGUGGGGAGUUUCUCUUUAACAAGCAGUUAGAGGCUAUAGGUAUCCCUCAGUUUCACAGUCCUGUUGGUUCACCACUUAAAUCAAUUCAGGCCACAUUAACACCUUCUGCUAUGAAAUCAUCUCCCCAAAUUCCCCAUAAAACAUACAGCAGCAUUCUGAAACAUCUAAAUUAAAACACUCAGCAGACAUUUUUUUGGUAUUCUUCAUGAGAUGUUUUUGUCUUUUUUAUUACUAGUGUAAGUAAUUUUUUUACUUGAAUCAGAUGGUGUAAUUUUGGUAUGGAUUUCAUUAGCUUUCUGUUUACCAUCAUUUUUACAAUCCAGAAUUAAUUUCUAUACAUGAGUUAGUUUUUUGUUUUUAAACUGGCAUGUCGUUUGCACACAAAAUAAAAGAAUAGAGCAGAAUAAUGCAAAAUGUAGGAGGAAACAGAAAAAAAUGCACUAAACCAAGUAAAAACAUUCUGUCAGUAAAACAGUUGUCCAUGUUUUGCAGAAAAAAGAAUCUUGCCUUGAAAUUUACACAGUGAGACUGUACAUAAUUGCAUGAAAAUAUCUAUUUUUCCCUGAAACAUUUUUUCAUUCGUGUAUUAGUUUUUCAUACUGUAAACAUUUCUUAGACACAUGAUACCAGCAGCAACUGAAAAUGAAUGCAGAAUUUGGUACGCAUGUGUUAUCUACCUCAAGGUAACAGCAGUAUGUGGCAAAACAUUAAUCACCCAUAGUGCUUCUCAUUAUGCACUUCUCUUUAGCCAGCAUUAUCAUAGUAGCUAUUUUUCCUGAAAAAUCAUUCAAUAUUUAUAAAUGUUCUGGUAUGCAUUCUUUAUAGUGAAGUGUUAAUAUGUGGCACUUUUAUUUAUUUUAACAAAUAAAUGUUUUCUGUAAUUACAGAAAGUCAACUUAAUUUUUGAAGUUACUUGGCAGAUAAGGUUUUUGUUUAGCACUAUGGUUUAUUGCCUACAUAUCUGAAUAUAUAAUAACAUUGGCUUAUUCUGAGGCUGUCCAAUACAUCUAUUUUUUUUUAAGUUUUCAUUUCAAGUAAAGCACUCACUGUGUAUAGGAAUUUGUAAUUUGGGGGUGCUUGAUCUCUCUACAAAAAUUUAGGAAUUGCUUUAUUAUAAAAUGCUCCUAGAAAUCUUAAUUGUGUUCUUUUUUUUUUUUUAAAUUUUGUAAUGUUAGUUGUGUGCAUGGAAAUAAUUAAGGUACAUUAUUAUUGUAGGUUAAAAGUUCUAUAUGGUGAAACAUUUUGCUUUUACUGUAUGUUUUUACCGAAUAAUUCCCAGCCCCAAAACAAGCAUGAAUAAAAUUAGGUUAAAUGUAGCAUGUAGCAUCUUGGUCUUCUGGAAAUUUGUUUUACCUUCUGUUUUUUAUUUGUUUGUUGUUUUUUUGGGUUUUUUGGGAUACUGUAUGUAUUAUUGGCUCCCCUGUUUAAAGAAAGACAA